AUGCGGGGUGGCGAAACCAACUCCGGCGGUGCACAGCUGGAAGCACCAAGGGCCGAACUAUUGAAACAACCGUCUCCGGCGCCAUCUAAUUCUGUAAUGACAAACGUAUGGACCGGCUGCUAUCAAAUGAUUAACCGGGCAAACCUGGUACUGUCAAAAGCACCCGGUGUAACUGAUAAUACUACACUCCGCGAUCGCCUGGUGGGCGAAACGAAGUUUUUAAGAGCCUGGGCUUAUUUUGAGCUGGUAUCGCAAUGGGGAGAUGUUCCUUUGUAUACCGAGCCUAUUACAUCUUCAACCGGUUUUAAAGGUAAAUCCCCUGCAGCGGAUAUUUAUGCGCUGGUGAUUGCUGAUUUAACUGAUGCCACGGCAAAGUUGCCUGCCAGCUACGGUUCUUCCGAUAACGGAAGGGCAACAAAAUAUGCAGCGUAUUCUUUGCUGGGAAAAGUGCAGAUGCAGAAAGGUGAUUACGCUGCUGCAAAAACAGCGUUGCUGCAGGUAUACGGAAAAUAUUCGCUGGUGGCCAAUUAUCAAUGGAAUUUCGACGGCGAUAUCAAAGACGAUAACAAUGUUACCGUUGCCACCGGCCAUGAAUUUAACGCAGAAUCAAUCUUUGAAGUGGUAUUUGUUGACAAGGGCGAUAAUAAUUUUAACUGGGGUUAUAACGGAGAAGGUUCUACCAGCCCGUUGAGCACUGUACGCAACCAGGAAUACGGCAUCACCUGGGGAAACGUUAUACCGUCUAACCAGUUCCUGAAUGAGUUUGAAGCGAAUGAUCCCAGGUAUAAAUUUACCAUCUACGAAGAAGGAGACAAUAUUCUGACAGCAGUACCCAAUGGCCCCUUAACACUCACUGCGGCUGCAAUGAAUAUUGCCACCAGUGUAAAAGGCGGGGUAACCAUAAAAAGGUUUUUCCGGAAAUACAAUAUUUACGAGUAUGUAAACUCCGGCUUUCACCCGGGUGGCAUUAACCAGCGCGUCAUCCGCUAUGCAGAUGUAUUACUGAUGCUGGCUGAAUGUGAAGCCGAAGUGGGAACACCUGCACAGGCUGCUAUCUAUAUCAACCAGGUGCGCAGCAGGCCAAGUGUAAACAUGCCGGCAGUAGCGCCUGCAACAAAGAACGAUGCAUUAAAAGCAGUGAUGCAUGAGCGCACCGUAGAGCUGGGAGCCGAGGAAGUGGCCAGUAUUGAUAUUUUACGCUGGAGGGCAAAAGGAUAUUUUCCCUCAUUGAUUCCAGAUCGUGUACCGGGCCAGGUUUCGCUGUUCCCGAUUCCGUCCAGUGAAACAUCUACCAAUCCAUUGAUUAAAUAA